AUGUGGGUCAACCAAGUUUUAAAAGUUUUCCCGAAGUUUGGUCGGAAUAGUAGUCACUAUUGGUUUAUUGCUGUCUACAAUCCUGUCAGUAAAUAUCACGAAAGAUGUAUUCAAUACACUAUUUCCCGGAGUUUAUGCAGCUCUGCAGGGAGUGUAGAGAUAACUCGUAUGCAACAAUGUUAUGCUCUAUUGAACAAAGAAUGUAAAGAACACAUAAUCACAUUGGAUCAAGUUAAUCCUCGGGAUGUAUUUGUAAACAAUGAAGUAAAAUUAAGCAAAAUUCAAGUAUAUGGAUUUGAUUAUGAUUAUACAUUAGCUCAUUAUACGUCUGAGUUGGAAAAAUUUAUUUUCAAUGAGUCUCGUAACUGGCUUGUCGAACAGAUGAAGUAUCCUGAAGAAAUUCUGAACUACGAAUAUGCUGAAUUCGCUACACGUGGUUUACAUUUUGAUGUAAAACGAGGUCUACUAAUGAAAGUGGAUGCAUUUCAUCAUAUCCAAUUAGAUACUGUUUAUCGUGGAUUUACAUUACUAUCAUUGGAUGAGAUAUUACGAGUUUAUCGUGGAAGCCAUUUGGCUGGUAAUAUUUUGAAACAAAAAUUUACACCUAACGACACUAUUAUGCUUCAGUUGAUGGAUUUCUUCCAGUUGCCGGAAAUUAAUCUUUUGUGUUCUAUUAUAGAUUUUUUUGAUCGACGUGGAAUAGAUUAUAAACCUUUUUAUGUUUAUCAAGAUGUUUCUACAGCAGUGGCAAGAGUUCAUAAAUCUGGCCUUCUAGGUCAAACCGUAAUGUCUGAUCCAGAAAAAUAUAUUGUAAAGGAACCUCAGUUAUCUACAUUCUUACAACGCUUAGUAGAAAAUAAUAAGAAGUUAUUUGUUAUUUCAAACAGUUCAGCUGCUUACAUAGACAGGGGUUUAAAAUUUUUGGUUGGAAAUAACUGGCAAGAAUUAUUUGACGUAAUCAUUUCGAGAGCCAAUAAACCGACGUUCUUUAAAUCACCACUGGGGCAAUUUCGCCGCACUGAUAUUAGUGGAACUUUUAAACACUGGGAAGCAGUUCAAACAUUUAAACGAGGUCAAAUAUAUGAGGGAGGUUGUUUAGAACAAAUGAUAAAACUUACAGGAUGGUCUUCAGCUAGUAUAUUAUAUUUUGGCGACCACGUAUAUGCUGAUCUUGCGGAUGUGGCUAGUACCUACGGUUGGAUGACUGGAGCUGUUAUACCGGAACUGGAAUGUGAACUUAUUGCUGCAAAUAAUCAUGAUUUCAAAAUUAAUUUGAAACGUUUAAGAAUGCUUGAAAAGUUGAUUCAGGAAAAUCAACAUGUUCACUCAGCUGAAGCAAAAUUACUACUUGAAAAAUGGCUUGAUGAAAGAAAUGCUUUAAGACGUGCUAGUAAAUGUGUAUUUGAUCCACAAUUUGGAAGUAUUUUUCGUUCUUUUCACAAUCCGUCUUAUUUUUCACAACGUCUUGGACAAUAUGCAACAUUGUAUACGUCAAGAGUUACAAAUCUGUUACAUUUUCCGUUAGAUCAUGCAUUUUUCCCUAAAAGGACAGCUUUACCACAUGAACUAUAUUAG